CUUAAGCAAACGAACGACUCGUCACAGCAAGGGGAAGUCCACACCACAAAGCAAAUGGGACAUUUGCGUCAUUUCGUGGCAACAUUUUUUCUAUGUGCCUAAACUUGCUCAGCACCUGAAAGUGGAAGGGCUGAAAAACCUCCAAAGCACUACAUCAAUGGCGGAGGUCACCUACCUUCACCUCCACGAAGUAGAGGACGAUACACACCACCCAGAUCCAGCCCUUUCCCUCGACUCCAUUCCCUACUACGAUUUCGACCUCUACUCCUCCUAUCCCGAAUUCCCACCUUCCGAUCCCUCCCUCCAUGCCCAUUCUACCUUCCAUGAAGAUGACCUUUUAUCACAGCACGAAUCCACUAUUCACAUAAGGUCGUUGGAAGACGACGUUUCGGAGGCCGGCUCGAUCGCCAACGCCGAUCUCUUGGACCGCGAGAACCAGGUGAAUUUCGUGAUGGAUCUGUUCCAGCAGCGAGUCGAGCAGUCUCAGGUAAUGGGUCAUAGUGAUUUUUCAUCUGAAGCUCUAAACGAUUCGAGCUUUGGGGUUAUUGAGGGAAAUUGCGAUGUCGAUAUGGAUGGUUUGGACUUGGAUUUAGGGUUGGGGUUAGGAAUAGAUUUUGGAGUGGAGAGGCAUUGUUUGGAUGUGGAUAAUGAUGAUGAUGAAGAAGAUGGUUUCUUUGUGGGAAGGAGGGUUUCUGGCUCUGAGUCUGGUGAGGGACCGUCUUCCAUAGGUGGGGUGGAACCCUUUUCGAGCUGUGUUCGGCUUGUUGGGUUUGGUUCCGAUUCAGAUGAGGAGGAUAAUGGGGUUAUUGGGAUUGAUUUGCAUUCGGAGGAUGAGUAUGGGAUGGAUCGUUUACACGAGAAUAAUGAUGAUGAUACGAGCAUUCCGCUUUGUUGGGAUUCGCUUCAAUUAGAGGAUCAUAGAGAAACGAAUGAAGAUUUUGAGUGGGAAGAAGUAGAUGGUCGCCUUGAUGAGAGGGAUGUUUUUAGCAUGUUUAUCGAAGCUGAUACUGAGGGAUCUGUUUCUGUUUCAGUGUCACAUGUAACUGGUCCUGAAGAGGAGGUUAGUGUGGAGAGGGUGCGAGGUCUGGGGAAUUUGGAGUGGGAAGUUCUGUUGAAUGCCAAUCAUUUGGAUACCAACCCGGAAAUAGACCAUGAUUACGAAACCUACUUAAAUUUCGGUGAUCAUGAUGAUUAUAUUUAUGCUGCGGACUAUGGCAUGUUGUUUGGGCAAUUUGCAGAGAAUGAAAAUGUUUUGAUGGGUCGACCUCCUGCAUCCAAAACUGUUGUCGAAAAUCUGCCUUCGGUAGUUUUAACUAAGGAGGAUAUGGAGAAUAAUGAUGCAAUUUGUGCUGUUUGCAAGGAUGAUAUUUCUAUAGGGGAGCAAGCAAAGCAGCUGCCAUGUUCUCAUCGUUAUCAUGGUGAUUGCAUUGUUCCAUGGCUCGGCAUUCGGAAUACAUGCCCUGUAUGUCGUUAUGAAUUGCCGACUGAUGAUGCUAACUAUGAGCGUAGGAGAACACAGAGGGCUGACAGUGUCCUGUAAUGAUAUAGGCCAAGCAUCGACAUGCAAUCAGCUUCUUUCAAUAAAUGGGGAAAAUUUUUGAGGGACCAUCACCAACAUUAUUAUAAAUCGCAGAGAUAGGCUUUAAUUUAGAUUUUUGAAAUUCUAAGUUAUAUGUUGUUGUCUUGGCUGAUGAUUGAGAUUCAUUACUGAAUUAUACAGUUGAGUUGUUGGAAGGCAAAUCGGUAUUAUAUACUGUUUUGAAUUCAAAGGUACGUAUUGUAUGGUGUGUAAUUCAUUCUUUUUAGUCUCAAGUACAAUAUCAAUCUAUCCCGCUCUCUUUCACUCUCUCUGUAUCAAACAGAAUAUGUUCAUUGUAGAAAUUCCUUUACAGUAUACUGUUUUUGUAGAAGAUGGCUAGACUCAAUUUAAUAUUAAUAAAUGCUGCUUGUAGUUGGAAUUGA